AUGGGAGCCCCAAUUUACGCUCAUUACCGAGACUCGCGCGCACAAUUCCUUGCCUACAAAUCCCCGACUUUGAAAGGAUCAAGAAAGAAAAAGCACAUCAACAUCGAAGCGGUGGUCUUAAGGGAAAUGGAUAAAGGAGUUUUCACAUACUUGGUAGACAAUCUUGGAGUGAAGGAUGUCCAGUUUGAAGAGCUGAUAGCUCUCGACGCUGAUUCUCUGCGCGAGAUCAGUGGCAAUCGUUGCUCAUCAAUGGAAAGCCCAGUUUAUGGUGUCAUUUUCCUCUUCAAAUACCCUACCGGCGAGACAAGGAGAGACACUCCGCAGAAGGGAACAUUUGAUUCUGAAGCUGCUGAAAAUAUCUUUUUUGCGGCCCAAACAAUUCAAAAUGCUUGCGGCACGCAGGCAUUGCUCUCGGUGCUUCUCAACAAAGAUGGGGCUAUCGACAUUGGUUCCCAGAUGAGAGAUUUCAAAGAGUUUACAAACGCUUUCCCCUCAGACCUACGAGGAGAAGCGCUUUCCAACUCUGAACUUAUUCGUGACGUGCACAAUUCAUUUGCACGCUCAUCCCCUUUCGUUGACGAGACACAGCGUGCCGCGACCGAAGACGAUGAUGUCUACCACUUCAUCGCUUACACACCUAUUAAUGGCAGCCUCUAUGAACUCGAUGGGCUUCAGCCCGCCCCUAUCUCACAUGGUCCUUGCACCUUUGAUGAAUUUCCAGACAAGGUCAUCCCAGUAUUGCAGGAGCGAAUUGGGCGAUAUCCUGCCACUGAGAUACGUUUCAACCUGCUUGCCAUGGUGCGAGAUCUGCGGAUCCGGGCCAAGGAGAUUGGAGAUCAUGAAGGACUCGUUCGCGAAGAGCACAAACGUACUGCUUGGCAGUGGGAAAAUGCUCUCCGACGCCAUAAUUUCCUUGGGUUUACAACGGAAAUCCUUAAAGGCGUAGUGAGAUCGAAGCUCCAGGAAAGCGGAACGAGCUACGAUGAAUGGGUCCAGAAUGCCACGAGCAAGACAGAAAAUCGGCUUAAGGAUCGACGAGGUGGAAGCGGAUCUGCGGAGGGUUUCUAAGCCCGGGGUUGUCUUGGUCGGUUUCGAGAUAGGGUGCACCUCGCAUGUAUAGUACUUUGGGUAUUCUCCGAAUCGCAUCGGCGGGCGUCUGGAAUGCGUGAUGACACCGUAUAUCACGAUACAUGGACUUUUUAUUUAAUUCUAUUUUGACCGUUUUCUCUAUCCAAAGAACAUUGGAGAUAGAACAUUUGGUUAUUGUUCGUACGACAGCAUGUACCCGACUUUACCAUGGGCACGAUUUUAGAUCAUCGCAAGCCCAAAACAGGAAAUCAUGAACA